AUGGCGAGCUGGAAGAGCAAAGCCCACAAGCAUGUCGGGGGGUUACCUUUUGAUCGAUCACCGGCGAGCAAGCGCUUCGCUGAUCACGUGUUCACGCCAGUUCGCACUCUGCCUGGCAGAAAACCAGUUGCUCCCCUCGACGUGCAUCCGCACGGCUCGCUCUCGCACGUGAAUGCGGCGCCCGUGCAUUGCUCGGCAGGACCCGCGCAGCAGGGACUCAGGCAAUGCAUGCGCAUGUAUGCUCCAGGGUCCAGACACUUCGAGGAUCAAUCGCGGUGGUUAG